AUGGUUUUGAGGUCGGACGACUGGAAUCAAGAAUCGCCGAGUGACUUUUGUCAAGAACUCAAGCUUUUCAUCAAGAUAAUCUACGUGCUCACAGGUAGCUGUGCCAUAGACAUGGACCGAUCCAGCCUGAUUGCUGCCCUAAAACCUGUUUCGCAGGUAGCAGGUUAUCUUUCGAUAAUAGCUUGGCUAUUUGCUCAGCUACCCCAGGUGAUCAAGAAUUAUAGAGACAAGUCUGUAGAAGGGCUAUCGCUGGCUUUUCUUGGCUGCUGGUUCAUGGGCGACCUGCUCAAUUUCACCAGUUGCCUGAUGUCCAACGCCUUGCCUUUCCAGACACUUUUGAGCGGCUAUUACAUUAUCAUUGAUGGAGUGCUGGCAGGUCAGUACUAUUAUUACAGUCGCGUAUAUGAAAAAUCCAAAGACCAUUCCAGAAGACUGAAACGGAGCCAGAGGAUGAAGGAUGUGAGAAGUCCCAAGACUGCACUGAGAGAGCGACUGACGACACGCCAGCCAAGGCAGUCAGCGGCGCCAAACUCCGAUAAUGUUAACAUAACACCAUCUGCUGUACCUAUCGAACAUAUUCCAGCAGAUAUACCGGCGGCAGCUGGUGGGCAGAUGAAUGUCAAUCCGUCUAGUUUUGGGAAGCUCAUCAGUUCCAGUUUCAUAUUGGGUUUCAGCAAAGCCAACGGUUUGCCCAUACCCACCCAAUCUGAACCAACCAGACAAUCUGCCUUUGAUCAGAUAAUUUCCUUUUUUUUCCACUUAUUGGGAAACAUGGAUAGACAGGGUGUUGCCAAGCUGCUUGCUUGGGCCUGCACGUUCCUAUAUCUUUCAUCACGCAUUCCACAGAUCAUCACCAACCACAAGCUGCAUUCAACAAGGGGUAUUUCUAUAAAUCUGUUCAUGGCUGCUAUUUCAGGCAACCUUCUAUAUUCGAUCUCGCUCUGCACUUCGGAGGGUGCGCUCGUUGGAGGAGAGGUAUCCAACCAGUUCUGGACUCAGGAAUUGAGCUAUCUAGCAGGCUCCAUUGGAACGGUGAUAUUCGACCUUAUAGUCCUCUUUCAAUGGUACUCGUGGGAUUAUGGUCGUCAAGUCAAUCACGGGAGUCGCUCUGGAAAGCUAGUUACUUCUCCUUCUCCUAUAGCAGGAAAGAGAGCUCCUAUCAUGAUACACAAAAAGAUGUCUUCCAAAGUGCAGAAUAAGAUUGCUAUGUCGAUUGCCAGUUCUUCUACACUAGACUGCAAACCGAUCGUGAUCUUGUCCCCAAAACAUGCCAGAAAGCUUUCUGAGCUCACACCGCUAUCUCCAAUUGACUUUCUCAUAGAGGAUCUGAUGGGACCCCGCAAUAAAGCGUCGGUGCCUAUCGCUGCCGACAACCUCUCAAGUCUCAAAAAUCAAACAACUCACAAAGCCAUGAAGAAAUGGGCAGAGUCUGCUACCGUCAUCAUUGGUGAUGACGAUGACGAUAUCCAAUUCGGCUCUUCGGCCGAUGAAAACGCACACAUUAAUCAUUUUUCAAGACAGAAGAAUCACCAGACACAGCAUCAUGGUGAUUCUCCAUUACUGUCUUUGCAUACAAACAGGGGAAGCUAUGGAUCAUUUGCAUACCAUGACCAUCUGGAAUAG